AUGUCAGAAGCAAAAAAGAAGAGAUGGCAGUAUAGCGUGGAUUAUAUAAAAUACGGAUUUAUCGAAAAUCCCACGAAUCCAUCAUCGCCAAUGUGCUUUAUUUGUCAUAAAACAUUUUCAAAUGAAGCUAUGAAGCCUUCUAGGCUUCAAGAGCAUUUUAAUAAAAUAUACCCGAAUAAGAAAGACAAAGAUUUGACCUAUUUUCAAGACAUGAGAAAAAAAAAAAAAGAACGAAAUUCAGCCAACUAUAUCAAACCUUUUUCACCAGCUUCUAAGCAAGACAAUGACUCGUACAAUAUCUCAUUGUUGAUUGCUAAAAUAGGCAAACCACAUACUAUUGGAGAAGAUUUAAUUUCACCAGCAGUAAAAAGAGUAAUAACCACUGUGCUCUAUAAACCAGCUACAGAUAUUAUCCGAAAAAUGCCUUUGAGCAAUAGUUCUGUGUAA